AUGGGCUCCAGCCGCGCCGCCCCCGCGCUCUGGCUGGUCCUCGCGGUUCUUUUUCUGCGCGCUCCCAGAGUGGAUUGUGAAUCUGAUCCUCCUGACACGGUGUACUUGCCAGCUGAACUAAAAGUACUCAAUGGCUCAGAGUAUUUCCAUCUUCAGCGUACUGACCGUUACUCACCAGGAAAUGCCUCCUUCAGCUCUCGCUCAGAGACCUUCCUCUUCCUUCAUCGUCGACUUGCAGGAAAGCCCAGCAUCCAGGCUACCUACCUUCCUUUCACUGCCCAGCAGGCAGUUCCAGCAGAUAAUUCCCAGUUGACAGAUGUUGCUACCACCUGGGACAUCCGUGCGGUAUCCAUUGAGGGCACAGUAUCUCCUUAUGAGCCAUACGCUCGCGUCCUUUUCCACCUCCAGGGGCAGGAUUGGAUGUCAAGACAACAGUCUCUGCCUUGUGUCAGCCUACAUGUCUUCCAUCAGACCCAGGUUGUGCAUCGGGCCUGCCGCCUUCAGGCUCCCCUGGGAAUGUGUGUGGUGGAACUAGAACUCCCCCCUCGCUGGUUCUCUCCUCCACUUGCCACUCUUCAGCACAGAUCAGAAGAUUCAGCCAUCCUACCUCUAAGAGCAGAGCUGUACUAUAGGCUGGAGCUCUCUUUACCCGGGAAGAUACACAAAGAUUGUCCCCAUGUGCGAACACAGCAGAGGCCACAUCUGGGUACAGAAGGCCCCAAGGAGCAGCUGCACUACGUGGGCCCUGUGGACAUCAGAGUGAUGAGUCCGCCACGACGCCAGGAAGUGCGGCUGGAUGACAAUGUGAUGGUCCGAGUACCUGACACUGCCCUGCGCCCAGGACAGCUGUUCACUGCCACUCUCAUUCUGCAACAGAACUUCACAGCGGAUCUGCUGACUCUCCGAAUCAAAGUAAAGAAAGGGUUACAGGUUCUGGCUGCUCGCCCCACCAGACCAGAGGCUUGGACAGCAAAGCUGGACAAGUUCAAGAGUGCCAAACACCACACCGCUUUGAUCACUUGUCGUCGUUCUGCCAGCAGUGGGUUGGAAUGGAAGGCAACGUAUUCUCCAGAGUUCCUGUAUUUGGAUUUUCUUGUGGAGAAUGGUACAGGUUCUCUGGCCUCCACACGUCCUGUCACCUGGCAAGUGGAGUACCCUGGCCAGGAUCCUGAGGCUGAGAAGGACAAGAUGGUGUGGGAGAUUCAAGUAUCAGAGAGAGAUGUGCGGGCCUUGGUUCCAUUAGUAAAGGAACAGGAAAUUGUGAACACUGCACUCCUCACAGGAAUCCCUCAGUCUGUGCCCGUGAGGCUGGUUGUGGUUGAAACAGGAGGAGCUGUUUCAGAAGUAACACAGCAGAUGGGGUGUGAGUCUUCUAAUAAGCAGGUCCUACAGGUAUCAGAUGUAUGUGAUGCUGUCUAUGUAGGGGGAAAAGAGAGCCGAGGGGCACGUGGCGUACGGGUGGAUUUCUGGUACCGUCGUCUACAUGCAUCACUACUCUUUACUGUCUGGGCCCCACUUCUGCCUUUGCGCAUUGAACUGACUGAUACCUCUUUGGAGCAAAUACGAGGCUGGAGGGUCCCUGGCCCAGCCUCUGAGAGUCCAGCAGAGCCAGAAGAGGGUGGAGAAGAAGCUGAGAGGAGAGCGCGUGGCUGUCGGCUCCAGUACCAACGUGCAGGGGUCCGUUUCCUCACCCAUUUUGUGGCUCACCCUCUAGAUGGUGGACGUCACCUGACCUACAUGCCAAAAGCUGAGAGGAGAGCGCGUGGCUGUCGGCUCCAGUACCAACGUGCAGGGGUCCGUUUCCUCACCCAUUUUGUGGCUCACCCUCUAGAUGGUGGACGUCACCUGACCUACAUGCCAAGCUCUGAUUGGCUGCUGGAUGUCUCGCAUCUGGUGCGGAAGCAUGCUAGAAUCCAAGACCCUCGAGUAGCAACGCUGGAAGGUGGGAGUGUGGUGGUUGGCCGUGAAGUAGGAAUGACCUCUGUGGAGGUGCGUUCUCCUGUUUCUGAUUCUAUCUUGGGGGAACAGACUCUGGUGGUAUCAGAAGAAAAGGUCUUGGUCUCAGAGCUGCAAGCCCAGCUGGUAUCAGGUCUAUCAUUGACACUCUCUGCAGAACCAGGACAUCUGAAUGUUUUCACUGCGACGUGCCAGGGACUUUCUGCUUUGCAUUCCCUGAAGCAGGAAGCAGUUCUGAGCAUUUGGUUGGUAUUCAGUGAUCACACCUUGGCUCCAGUAGAGCUUUAUGGUUGGCGGGAUGCAUCUCUCUUGCUUUCUUCUUUGAAUCCUGAUGUGGUUUCUGUGCGGCUGGAAGAGGAGCACUCUUACCCAGUGAUCAUUGCUGAAGGUCCAGGCCAGGGGUCCCUCCUGCAGCUCAGCCUACAUUCCCCAGACUCUUGCCGCAAGGGGAAACAUAGGGCUCCCCUUUCCCAGGGGACAGCAUGGCUGGAAGUGAACUUUGGCUGGAACCUUCUGACCACUAAGAGCCCACAGCAAGAAGAUCUCCAUCUACAUGGUAAGGCCCCCUUUCAGCGAGCAGAAGGUAUCACAUCAGGUGAAGCAGUGACUGUUGCAGCUAUCACAGAGAGUGGAAGAGGUUCAAGGAGGCAUGGCCCUGUAGCACUAGGGCCACCGAUGACCAAAUUUGAGGGGGCUGGUGCUAGCUCCUAUGAGGAUAUUGAACAAGUGGAGGAAGUGGAGGAAGAUGAGAUGGUGAAGGCACCUGCAAUGGUGACAGAUCUAGAGAUUGGCAUGUAUGUACUCCUGGGAGUUUUCUGUCUUGCCAUCUUUAUCUUCCUCAUCAACUGUGUGGCCUUUGUCCUUCGUUACCAGCACAAGGAACCUCCUGAUGCUGGAUCCGCUCCAGUUUCUUCUGCCCAGCAGCCUCACAAUUGGAUCUGGCUAGGCACUGACCAGGAGGAGAUUAAUCAGCAGCUGGAUCUGUGCAAGCAGCACUGCAAAGACCAGCCUCAGGGCCCUUCUAGCGCCAAUGAUGAGUACGCUUGCUGUGCAGGGCCAGAAGGAACUUUGGAAGCUGUGGCCCCAGAGGGCCCAGCCCCAUUACCAGAGCCAGAAACAGGGGUCUCUGCUAGUAAUUUGGGCCUGACUGCCCCAGGGAACCCAGCUCUUACCACUACCUUGUCCAGGAAGAAAGAGGGCAGGGAGGUGGGUGGUCGGAGGAAGCGUGUAGAAUUUGUGACCUUUGCUUCACCAUCCAGCUCUACUCCCAGCCCCCCUGCUUCUGGACCAGUUGUUCAGUCCAUCCUGGUGGCCAGUGAAGAUGACAUUCGUUGGGUGUGUGAGGACAUGGGGCUGCGUGAUCCAGAUGAGCUGCGCAGCUACAUGGAAAGGAUCCGGGGUAGCUCCUGAUCUCCCCUACCCCAUCUGUAUGGGCAAACCAAUAAGAUGGUCACCCCCUUAGGUGCUCUCUUAGGAUCAUUCAGCUGAGCUUUCUACCUGCUCCUUUUUAAUGGGGGCUCUCCACAACAGGACACCAGCCUUGGACUAGUUUGUGAGGGGAAAACGGGCCAGAGAUAUUUCUGCUGCUCUCUAUGUUAGAGAUCCACUUCCUUGGCUAUCCUAUCGUUUUCAUUCUGGUUAGAGACAUUCUCUCCUCCGUUUAUUCUCUCAGCAGAACUAGCACAUUCCUCCUGGGAAGAGAGCCCACGUGUCCCCAUUGCGUCUCCCUCCACCCCCUAAAAUAAUUCUUAUUAGGUGUGGAUGAGGGGUUUGCAGACCAGAAAUUAGCUGCAGGUGAGUGGUAAGCUGGCUGUGAUGUGCUGUGGAGGUGAUCUAGGGGGGCUGGUCCAAAACCUCACAUAUUGCUUUGACCCUCAUUGCCAGUGUGUGUCCAUUGUGAUGGUUUGAGCAACAAGUGUCUUUCCGUCCUUCCUGUGGUCUGAGCCUGGGGCUCUGCCCCCACCCCAGUCCCCUGAUCCCUCCCCUAAAGCUGGGCAAGGACAGAGCUCCAGGGAGCACUGGCUGGGCCUUUCCCACCCUGGUUGUGUGCCUGAUGUCCUUAAGAGUUUUGUACAAUCGCUCAUAUUUUAUACCGUA